CUACUAAUGAAAGCGACACAUUCUGAGGCUGCACACCGGGGGUUAGUUCAGCCAAAGCCUACUAUCGAGUUGUCACACCAAGAAGACUUUCGAUGUUAUUUUUGGUCCUAGUCCUGGAGAGGAGGGCGUAGGCCCCUAACGUCAUUACAGGAGAGUUGCAGAGUUGAGUCUGAGUCAAGACUUGGUAGAAGUUGAGAUUUCUUGGUCUAGGGCGCACUGACUUCCCCCCUCAAGCCUACUUCGUCGUAAACGAUGUCGACAUAGCUUUAUUUGUGUGAUUUAUUUAUUUGUAGGCUAUUUAAGGAAUUACCAAACAGAAGAUAUGGACUGGAAAUGGACCAUUGUGACUUUUUUUCUCAAGUUUUAUUUGACAUCUGGGACUCCGUAUGACUUGUUUCAGGGGUCAGCCUACACUGGAGUGGAAGACAGGCACAGAAAUAGGAAUUGGUGCGCGUACGUCGUGCACAAGAACGUGAGUUGCGCCGUCCGGGAGGGAGUGGAGAGCUUCGAGGAGCCCGUGGCUGCACCCUGUCCCCCCUAUCAGCAGAACUGCGAUCAACAAGUGACGUACAGAACUCAAUUUCGGCCAAUGUACAAGAUCGCCUUCAAGAUAGUCACACGGUUGGAGUGGAAAUGCUGUCCUGGAUAUCAGGGUCAGGACUGCAGAGAUGUGAAACCAACUCUCAACCAUCAAACAGUACCACGAGGAUCCCAGCCCUUCUACUCUCCAAAUCCUGGACAUACCACCAGACAUGCACAAAGGCCAGAGCGGAGGGAGACGGGCCACCACGAGGCCAGGCACGGCCCAGGCCCCGACAAGGUGCGCCACCUGGAGGGGGAGGUGAAGCGCCUCUCGCAGGUGGUGGUCGACCUCCAGACGGCGCUGAGCGGCCUGACGGACAACCUGCGCACGGACAUCCAGGAGGACACCAACAAGAUGCUGGUGACCCUGCUCAACAACCUGCGGCCGCCGGGCAGCGUGGCGCCGGGGGCCGGCCGCGAGGAUGAGAACCCGGUGGGGCUGGACGGUCACCAGGCCACCAGGGGAGAGGGCGCCAUCGGAGACAGAGGCAUCGAGAACAUCAUCGCCCGGCUGGACGACAUGACCCACACCAUGCAGAGCAAAGACGACGCCUUGGAGGAGCUCCGCGGGCUGGUGACGAGCCAGGAGAGCCAGAUCCAGCUGCUCAUGGACGCCGCGCAGUCUCAGGCGCCACCGCCCGGCGUGCUGGAGGGCGGCGUUGGCGGCGGCGGCGACGUGUCGGUGCCCGAUCUGGCGAUCCUCCAGACCUACGUCGAAGGCAAGAUGGGGCAGAUGAGGAAGGAGGUGGAUCUGAACCUGGAGGAGCAGCUGGGAAGGCAGCAGAGCUCCUGCAACGACAAGAUCCAGAGCCUGCAGGCCAUCUGCGAGGAGGGCCAGGACCAGACUCUGAGCCGCCUCACCAGGCUGAUCGACUCAAAGGACGCCGAGCUGAGGAAGGAGAUCCACGCGCUGCGCUUCGACAUGGUGGCGGCGGACGGACCCGUGCGCCACCUGCGCCAGACCCUGCCGCCCAAACAGGAGCCGGAUGGCACCGACCACAAAGAGCUGUGGAAGGAGAUCAGCCGGGUGGCCGAGGCCAACAUCAUCCUGAACGGGCGCAUGGACAACGAGCUGGCCUUCCUGUCCGAAUCGCGACCGGAGGAAGAGUACGGCCAAGUCAUCGAGGAGUUGGAGGCGCGCCUGAACAUAACGCAACGGAACGCAGAGACGCACUGCUUCUACAUCGAAGAGAAGCUGAGCCGUGCGAUGGAAGACCAAGCCAAUGAGCUCCGGCAGCUCCUGGACGAGCGUCUCAACACUAUGGAGGACCAGUUCACGGGCAUGUUGGUUGAGAUGAGCAACAGCUCCGGACUGUUUGGGGACGACGGCGUGGACGCUAACCAGGGGGAGACCAACGGCAACAAGUCCCCCGCCAAAGGCCCGGUUGUGGCCUUCGGACACCGCGGCUCUGACGACGUGGUCGGUGCUGGACGGUCAUCUCCCGCAACGGCCAGUCUGGAUCCCAUUUUGAAAGACUUGGGUCGCUGUAAGAAAGAGUUGGAAAUUCUCCACACCGACGUCGGCACAAAUUCGGAACAACUCCGGAACCUGGAGGAGAUCGUAGAGAGGGUGUCAGCGGGUCACCUGAAGAGUGUCAACACAAUGGACGGCUUCCAGAAGGGGUUGGUCAACAUCCAGAACAACGUGAUCGCCCUGGCCAGCAGUGUCAAAGGCGUGGGCGACUCGAUGAGAAUACACAACCACGAGCUCCACAGAAUCAACUCUACGUGCUGCCACGCAGGGCACAGCGGCCUGGGCACCCCUACAGGGGCAGGUCCCGGGGCAGAAAGAGCCCAUUAUCAGCAGAUGGAAGGGCUCCGGAACAGGCUUGAUACACUCAAUAACCGCAUGUCAUUGGAACUGGGUCGUUGCAAAGACAACACCCAAACCGUGGCGCACACCAUUUCGACCGUCGACGGUCGUUUGACCAGACUGGAAAAGGUGUGCGAAAGGCAGGCCGUGGCUUCCAGUAACCCCAUCCAAAUCAGGGAUGGCAUUGAGAGGAAGAUUGCCAGUCUCCAGGGCUCUGUCCAGAGGACCAAUGCCACGGUUGGGUCCCACACUGGGGACAUCCAUUCUCUGCGGAACUCCCUGCAGAGUGUGCAGGUACAGCUCUCUGCAUUGGCCAAGCACGUGCUAAAGGACGUGAAUGAAAAACAGCCAGGAACGACCCUGAACGCCGAGACCCCUGGUUCUCCUGCUCCACCCAAGCGCGUCCCCCACAUCCACAUUCCCUUCAUCAUCCCCAACCCCCGGCAGUCGCCCCCCAGCGUGGCUCUGCCCAACACGCACCACCAGGCCAGGACCCCGCUCGGACCCCAACUCAGGCCCUCAAGCAACGCCAAGCCCUCAAGCCCCCAGCAGCCCCCCAAAAGACCGGUGUUGGAGACCGGGGAGGCCGGACCCCCGGGCUUCCCGCGCAGGAUGACCGUGAGGAGGGGUGUGGAGGACGAGGCCCCCGUGCCCUUGCAGGGCUUCGCCGGAGCUCCAGGCCAUCUUCCAGUGAUGCCUGUGUCGCUCAAGUCUCACCUCAGUCCAGUUCCUGUUGCAGCAGAGAUCCCCUGGAACAGAGCUCCGACAGUCCAGUCCGCAGUACUGGCAGACCCCAGCUCUACGGUGGAGCCAGUCUCCUUCUCCGUGGGCCUCACUCAGCAGUACUCCCUCUAUGGAAGCACUGGCCCCAUCCGCUUCAACAAAGUGCUGGUCAAUGACGGUGGACACUACAGCACCAGCACAGGAAUGUUCACCGCACCGAUGGACGGGCGCUAUCUGGUGUCGGGCGUGCUGACGGCCGGGGCAGGGGAACCCCUGGUGGCGACGCUGUCCGUUAACAACCGCAGCGUCCAGAAGCUGCAGAGUGCUGUUCCCCCGCUACUGGGGAGGAGGGAGGUUAGCGGUUGCGGCAGCUGCGGAGGCCCCGUGUCGUUCAGCCUCGUCCUGUCUCUGAAGAAGGGCCACCGUGUGGGCUUGAUGCAGACCGCCGGCAAGCUGGCCUCUUCCGACGACCUGGUGGCACGCUCCACGUAUAGCGGCGUCUUCCUCUACACGCCGCAGAGCAGGAGCUAACAGGGCGGCGUGGGGGAGGUAAAGACGACGGUGCCAUAAAACACAAAGGGACUGUUUUUUGUUUUGUUUUCCAGCCCAGGCAGACUGUGGGAUGUAGAAGAGACGUAUUGAAUGCCUUAUCGACUGGUUUGCUGUCGGCCUACCCACUCUGAGCGAAGCCAAGUAGCCUACCUGACAUGGAAGUUCACAUUGUGGUUCUAGGUUGGGAUAAGGGUGCACACAUAUGUUUUCAAGUUGUUUUUCCCAAAGAAUCUUUUAUGAUAUCAAAAACGAGAAGCUUUUUUGUAGCUAAUAUAUUUCUGUAUUAUUCAACAUUUUUGUACCUACUUUGUAACUUCAAAAUGAAUUAUGUAUAAACGUUUGUAAAUGAAAGCUGAUUAUGUUUUAUACAAAUGCACCUAAGUCACUUAUUCAGCCAGUUAAUACUUAAAUCUAAAACAAGGCGAUAUAACAUCAUAUCACCCUUAUCAACUUAUCUUCCUUUUGUAAUCUAUUCUCAAACAUGAUUAAUGAUCAAUAAAAGUUACGUCGCACUGAAUGAAUUAAACAA